AUGCUUAGGGAAGAUUUCAUUUAUCCUGAAGGAAUCUACUUGGAUGGAAAUUCUUUAGGACUCGCUAGUCGAUCGAGUAUAAAGACGAUUGAAAAUCGUUUGAAAGAAUGGCAGACUUUAGCUGUAAAUGGUUGGGCGUCCUGGUUUGGGCUAUCAGAAAGCUUAAGUACAGAUUUGGCACAGCUGGUGGGGGCUAUGCCUGAAGAAGUCAUUACUACAGGCAGUAUUACGACGAAUUUACAUGCUCUACUUGCUACCUUCUAUAAACCUACUGAUACUAAAAAAUAUAUUGUUGCAACCACUUUGGAUUUUCCAAGUGACUUAUAUGCAUUACAAUCCUGGACACAACAUUAUGGUACAGAACUGCGUUUGAUUUCAUCACGAGAUAAAUAUACGUUAACUGAUGAAGAUAUUGAGGAAGCUUUUCAAGACGAUGUAGCUCUUAUACUACUUCCUACUGUGCUCUAUGGAAGUGGUCAGCUUCUUGAUAUUAAACGGUACGCCAAACGCGCUCAGGAAAAAAACAUAAUACUUGGAGUAGAUGCAGCACAUUCUAUAGGUGCACUACCGCAUGACUUCCAUGACUGGAAUGCGGAUUUUGCUGUAUGGUGCAGUUAUAAGUAUCUAAAUGCUGGACCUGGUGCUUGUGGUGGCAUUUUUGUGCAUGAAAAACAUUUUCAUCGAAUUCCUGCUUUAAAAGGGUGGUGGGGACAUCAAAAGCACACAGUCUUUGAAAUGCGUCCUUAUUUUACACAUGAACCUGGAGCAGCUGCCUAUCAAAUCAGUACUCCAAGUAUACUUGCUCUUGCUGGUCUCGAAGGAUCUUUAAAAGAGUUCAAGAAAGUGAAUAUUCUGGAUAUUCGAAAACGAUCAUUGGAACUUACGACAUAUCUUAUGGAACUGAUCGAUCAACACCUGCCUGAACUCGAAAUUGUCACGCCUAGGAAUGAGGAACGUAGAGGUGGUCAUGUCAGCGUUCGGCAUGCACAUGCACAUCUGCUGAGUUUGGCUUUACGCGCAAGAAAUAUUGUUCCCGAUUAUCGAUCUCCAGAUAUUUUGCGAAUGGCUCCAGUAGCGUUCUAUAACACUAAAUUAGAAUUAGAUGAAACUGUGCGUGUAUUGCGUGAACUUCUUGACAAUCAGGGUUACAUGAAGUUUCAAGAUAACGUUACUGAUGUAGUUUAA